AUGUCAACUGACUUUAAUCUUGAACUUGCGUCGAUACUUGAUGGCAAGGCUUCUAUCGAGCACCAAAUAGAUAUUCAUGUCAAUGAUCUUUUCGGCGUAAAAGAAACUGACCAAGUUUCGCUAGCUGACGUGUUGGACGGCUUACGUUAUGUCAUGAACUACCGUAUAAAGGGAGGCAGGCUUCCAAAUUUGGAGCCUGACCUAAUGAAGCGGUUAUGUGAAGGCUUGUUACUGAAUAUGUCUGAUACUGAGGGUGGGCUGUUGAAGAAGAAAAUGACACCCGAGGCAGAGGAAGCGUUUAUUCUUUUUGGAGAAUUUUUGGAAGAAGUCGAAGAAUUUCGUCAAGCAGUCGGCCAAAAAAAUGUAUCUGAUCUAGCCAACGCCAUGAAACUUCACCGUCGUUGCCGUAACGACGCGUCACCAGAAGUAAAACAGGCCGUCGUAGCAGUCAUUUACAUGUUAACUGAAUGGUUUCCACAGUUCUCGGAUUGGCGGGAACUGGUUAAACGCGAGGAACAGAAUGAUGUCGAGAAGGUAAUCAAAGAUUUAUCGGCUUCUUUUAAAAAGGCGAAAAUGCCAUCGCGUAAAGGCGUUCCGUUGCCUCCUCCUUCAUUGUAUUUCGAUCGUGAUGUUACUCGAUGCGUAAAAAUGUUUCGAACAUCUCUCACCGACGGACUUUCCUCAACUAAUAUUUCGCCACUUUUAGAACACUAUGGUCCAAACAAGUUACCUGAUCCGCCAAAACCGUCUGUCCUCAAAAUGUUACUUCAUCAAUUGACCGAUUUCAUGGUUUUGAUUUUACUGGCGGCGACAAUUGUCACUGGAGCGGAAAAAGAUUUUAAAGGAAUGUCGGUUUUAUUGGCGGUUAUUAUUUUAAACACGAUAAUUGGGUUCACGCAAGAGUAUAAGGCGAAUAAAGCAUUAGAAGCGCUUACUAAAUUGGCCGUACCUCAGGCGCAAGUUAUUCGUGAUGGUCAAAAAGUUGUAAUUGACUCAUCGCAACUUGUACCCGGGGAUAUAGUAAUUCUUGAAGAAGGAGAUUCUGUUCCGGCAGAUGUCCGAAUAGUAGAAUGUUCUCAAUUUGAAGUGAUAGAGUCGAUCUUAACCGGGGAAAGUUUGCCUGUGUCUAAAAACACCAAAAAAAUUUGGACUAGAACACGAAGCUUACCUUUGGGUGAUUGUAAAGGAAAUGCAUUCAUGUCCACUAUGGUGGCAAAAGGUCGUGCUAAGGGUCUUGUUGUGCGAACUGGGAAUAAUACUGAAAUUGGUAAAAUUAGUGCUGCUAUUACUUCCUCACCGAAUAUGCAAACACCGAUCCAAAGAAAAUUAUCUCGACUUGGUAUAUGGCUUGUCGUGUUGGCUAUAAUAUUAUGUGUUCUUGUAGUGGUAAUUGGAUUGAUAUAUAAGCGAAAUUCAAAAGACAUGAUAUCAGUUGGCAUGAGUUUAGCUGUCUCUGUAAUUCCCGAAGGUCUAGUCGCUGUAACUACAGUAACAAUGGCUAUUGGAGUACGAAGAAUGGCUGCCCGUAAUGCUAUCGUUCGCACAUUACCAGCUGUGGAAACCCUCGGGAGCGUGACUGUCAUUUGUUCCGACAAAACCGGUACACUUACCGAAGGAAAAAUGGGUCCUAGUGAACUUUGGAGUGCCGAUGAUUCUCUUUAUUCAUUUACUAAACCAACCGUAUUGGAUCCUAAUGAAGGCGAGAUUGAAUUUCUCUCGCCAGAAUAUCGUCAAAGAGUUUCUAAGCUGGGUCGAAGCUCAACUCCUAAAGUUUCGAAAACUCUAAUAAAAAAAAUUGAUGACGACAAUAAUAAUGAAUUACCAAUAAAGCCGCAACCUGUUACCCGUGAGCUAAAUGAUGCACCUGCUCAUAUGGUGGCAGCAUUAAUGAUUUCGAGUUUAUGUAAUAAUGCAGCUGUUGUAAAAAGUAAAAGUGAGGAGGAAAGCAAAAAUUCUUGGAAAGGUAUCGGAGAUCCUACUGAGAUUGCUUUAAUCCUCGCUGCUCAAAAAGGAGGAUUUUCUAAAGAAUUUUGGGAGAAAAAACAAGGAUUUACCAAAAUUCGAGAGCAACCAUUCGAUAGUGAACGCAAACUCAUGAGUGUUGUAUACAAAUUCGACUAUUCGAAUCUACCUGCCAAUCUAAAUCAAACCAAUAAAUACAUAGUGAUGGCAAAAGGGGCACCCGAGGAACUUUUACAAAAAUGUACAAGUCGUCUUCCGGUUAGUAAUUUUUCGAAAUCACCAAUAACGUUCGAACAAAUCAUCGGCGAGAAAGAAGGCACUCAAAAUGUUCCAUUAUCUGAUGAUUUCGUGGAUAAAGUAUCCGAAGAAAGUUCACGGAUGGCGUCUAAUGGAUUGAGAGUUCUUGGAUUAGCAUUAAAAACUGUUUCGGUUGCUGAUGAAUCUUUGGAAGCUUCGUCCUUGGAGGAAAUAAUUGUUGUCACCGAUGACAAUGAAUCAGUAGUGGAAUCAACGUUGAAUCCUGCUUUUGCUGAGAAUGAGUUCACCUUUGUAGGGUUGAUUGGAUUAAUUGAUCCUCCGAGAGCAGGGGUGGCUGAUUCUGUGCAGAAAUGUAAGGACGCGGGCAUUCGUGUUAUUAUGAUAACCGGUGAUCAUAUAGCGACAGCUACUGCGAUUGCCACCGAUAUUGGUAUAUUUGAACCUGGUGUAUCUGGCAUGAAUCGAGCUAUCAGAGGUGUGGACUUAGAUUUGCUCUCUGAUGAUGCAAUCGCCGCACUAGAACCUUUUCCUAAUGUAUUUGCUCGUGUCAGUCCAAAUAAUAAACUCAAAAUUGUAAAGGCACUACAAGACCUUGGCAAUUCGGUGGCUAUGACUGGAGAUGGAGUUAAUGAUGCACCUGCAAUAAAAGCUGCCAAUAUCGGUGUAGCCAUGGGCAUAAGUGGCACUGAAAUCACCAAACAGGCAGCCGAUAUAAUUCUCGCCAACGAUGACUUUUCCACGAUUGUGUCUGCGGUCGAAAUUGGUCGUCAAGUGUUUGACAAUAUUUUGAAAUUUAUUGUGUAUCUUUUGAGUUGUAAUGGUGCCGAAAUUAUUGUAUUUUUGCUUUCGGCGUCGAUUAAUUCUGAUUUACCUUUUACGACAAUUAUGAUUUUAUGGGCGAAUAUUAUCGCUGAUGUUCCACCAGCCAUGUCUCUUGGCGUGGAACCUGGUGAAAAAGAUAUAAUGCGACGUCGUCCUCGAAAUCCCAAAGCUGGUGUAUUGGACAAAGUUGCCAUUGUAACACUCACCACGCAAUCAUUCGUCAUGGCAUUAUCAUCUUUUGGGAUCUAUCAAAUUGCACUGAAAAUCGAAGAUAAACGAUUAGAAGAUGCGCGAUCUUUGGCUUUCGCGACUUUGACCACCUUGCAACUCUUACAAGGGUUUUUGUCUAGGACAUUAAACAUUAGUGUUUUCAAAAUGGGAUUUUUCGGUAAUAAGUGGAUGAUUGGCAGUGUUCUUGGCUCUUUCAUAGCAAUGUUAAUCGGUGUUUAUGUACCAGCAAUUGAAUUUACUAAUAGUUUACCUUCUUUAUUUGAAGUGAUACGUGAUUGGCUCGAACUCACUCCUGUUUCCGGAUUCGGAUGGUUGAAAAUCAUCAUCUGUUGUAUGGUCUUGAUUUUGACUAGUGAGUUUACAAAGUGGUAUGGUCGCCAUGUUCGGAAUUCGGCUGUUAGAGCAAACCAGCAAAAACUAAAAAAAGUGGAGACAGAGGACGAAGAAUCGAAGUGA